UCCGUAGAAGAAGAGCGGUCUGUGCUCCGCUUUUCGGUGUGGCUAACAAGCUAACUGCCACCCACUCUUGUAAAAUACCGGCAAAUCAGUCUACUCGUGAAUGUCUAUCAAAACGUCAAUCGACAAGCUGUUUGCAGUUUAUUGCAAGGAUAUAAUAUUACCUGAAUAUUUAUACGGCGAAACUCUGAUAUUCAUGUGAAGGAAAGGUGCUGCAGACGACUCUACAGUGAACAACAGUGAACACGUCCAUGACCGGCCUGAUGAUGGAGAGAGGAAUGCAAAAACUGCACAAUGUCCUGGAGGACGGUCUAGGCAGAGACUUGAUGAACGCCGGACGGUUUUGCUUCAGCUGUGAGCAGAUAUUUGCAAAUCGGAAAUGCCUGGAGGAACACUUUUGUUCUGCUGCAAGUCACAUCUGCUCCUGCGGAACUGAGUUCACUGAAUACAAAGACAUGCUGGAGCACAGCACUACCCAUGAACCAGGGCACCAAGUGCUUGAUCAUGGAACAAUAAGGAAGCGCAGAAUUGAGAAGCGCAUUGAAGAGGAGGCGCAGCUGAAAAGACUGCAGACUGGUGAAGUCGUCUGGCAGACACCUAAAUUGAACAAUGCAUCAUCAGUCUCUUUGCCAAUGAAGCCAACGCUGCAAGGAUCCAUUACAUCAGCCUAUAUGCCACAAGUUCCCAUGCAGUCUGCGCAGAUUUCACAAGUGCCUCAGUUGUACCACCCCGGGUCACAAUCAUCUUUGCUCCCAAAUCCUGUCCGCAAUGAACAAGACAUGCAGAAUAUUUUUGCAGGUGUAGGUGCACCAACAGUAGAUCUUUGGACACUUUACCAGCCUGUCGUGUUGUUGCAAACGGUGCGGAAAUUUAACAAGUCCAAGCCUUACACUUGCGGCAAAUGUGGGCAGGGUUUUAUGACAAAGACUGAUCUCGUCCACCACCACAGCUCUCAUGUCACAGACAAAGUUUCUGGCUGUAUAGGAUGUGGGCUGCUACUCUCCAGCAAGAAGAUGGUGCCUCGCUUCCAUGUUUGUAAGGGACCCAACCCUGUUACCAAAUUCAGACUCAUCACUGCGAAGCCACUGAAGAUGAAGACACAAAAUGACGCCAGUACAUCAAGGAGUCCGCGUAUCCUAGGGCCUAGGUUUCGGGGGAAAAAACACAGUCCCAGUGCAGCCAGUAAUGGCAGUCGUGCACCUCUUAUUAUUCCCAACCUGCAACUGAAAAAUCAGAAAUUCAGUGCAUACAGUAAAAACAAUCAGGGCUUUCGUGCCUCUCCGAAUCUGCAAGCAAAGAGUCCCAGUGCAUCCAAGCCUUAUAUCAUCGCCCCCUUUCCAUCAAUGAGUCAGAGUCCAAAUCCCAGUGCAUCCAACAGAAGCAGUCGGGGGCUUCUUGUCACUUCCUCCAUGCAGUUCAAGAUGCUCUCAAACUCUGCAUCAGGUAUGUCGAGCAGAGCAUUGCAGACAUCCCCUGUAUCAAGUGGGUUCCCAUGUCGUGUCUGUCAUCUUCCUUUUGAAACUGCUCAGCUGCUACAGAGGCACAAGUGUAUCAAAGCACAGGAGUUUAUGGCACACCACGUUCGAGGUGGCAAACAGCGUUACAGAAUAAAGAGGGUGACACCAGUGGCAAGCUCAGUUCCUGCCCAGAUGAAUGGUGAGCGAAAACUUGGGAUUCCUUCUCCUGGUAACGUAAUGAAAAACCAAGUCAUGGCUGUCGGUCAAGGAGUGGUUCCUGUAAAUGGGAAAACAGAAGUAGAUAUGGAGGAUGAUUGCUACAUAGUUGAAAGCGGACCAGACAAACCUGCUGAGAUGAUUUACCAAGUAACCUCGUCUGUCCCUAUUAAGACUUGACCAAACAAGAGCUGCACAUCCAGUUUGCAUGUCACGUUUUAUGUUUAUAAAGGACCAAGUGCAUAAAGUCAGUCCUGUUUGAACAGCAUCAACUUGUUAGGUUAACUGCGCAGGAACACGAUGCUUUCUGGCUUUCUCCAAACUAUUAAAGAUAAGAAAGUGUCGGAUGAAUAGCAACAACAAACACGCUUCCUUAUCAAGCUGGAUUUUUUUUGUCAGUUCUGUAAACAGUUCCAAUAAUGGUGCCCCUGCAAUCAUAAUAGAAAAUGUAAGUCAGUAAAGUUCAUUAAUGAAAAUGUAUGUGCAUGGUUUACCCAUGUUUGGUGGGAUAACCAGGUAUGGUCUUAUAGUUUGUUUUUCUUUUUUAAUUAUGUUUUUAGUAUGAUCAGAAUGUGUUGUGAGGCUGUGGGAAUUGACCACAAUACCUUGUGUGUUCUUACCAGCUUUGUCAGACUUUAAGAUUACAGUAUAUGUUGUAUUAAACUAUAUUUUCAAA